GAAAGGGCGAGAGAGAGAGUUCUCCUUCUAACUAACCAGGGUUAGUUUUUUAACCCGACUUCACGCGUUAAGUUGUAGUACGUCCUGAGAGACACAACAGCAAACAAGGUUUAUUGUGUGUGGCCUGCGAGAACAAUUCACUGAGUCAACUCGGAACCAUUCCUUGCCGCCCUUUAAACUUUCCCUUUCAUUUCAUCUUCACUUGGCACCUUUCAUUCUCUGUCUCUCUAUGCUUUUUAAUUAGUCAAUCACUGCGUUAUUGCCGUUCUUGUUUUUCGAGGAGUUCGAGAUUGUCUGGUCCGGUCAGAUCUCGGAACCUGAUUCUUGACUCUUGAGCGGCUUCGGAUAAUGGCUUUUUUAAUGUAGCAUAGGGUGUUUUAUUAGUUGCUCUGUUUCUGGUUUCUGUUUUAAGCUUUCGGCCUUUUAGAGUUUUGGGAUGGGAUCUAUCUGAGUUCAUCAAUUGAUGAUAAUUUGGGGAUUAUUUUCAUUAAUUAAAUAUCGAUUAGUGUCUGGUUCAGAGCUUGGCGCCUUCUUGGGAGGUAAGGAAGAAACUCUCUUCCACAGCCGCCUUUGUUGCCGGCCAAGAAAAUAGUGGUUUGUUUUUCCAUUUCAUGUCUCGUAAGUUAGACAGCCCAGUUCAAACUCAGAUGGCAGUGGCAGUCUUUAAAACUCCGCUCCGCGGAGAAUACCACGGGAACAAGAGAAUGGAAGGGAAACAGCCUGCGGGGAGGAGACGAGUUUUCGUUCAAACAGAGACUGGUUGUGUAUUAGGGAUGGAGUUGGAUCGCGGAGACAAUGCUCAUACUGUGAAACGAAGGUUGCAGAUUGCUCUCAAUGUGCCUACUGAGGAGAGCUCACUGACUUUUGGGGAUAUGGUGUUAAAGAAUGAUCUUAGUGCGGUUAGAAAUGAUUCCCCACUUCUUUUGACAAGGAACAUACUGCAUAGGAGUUCAUCCACUCCGUGCCUUUCGCCUAGGGGAAAUGAUAUCCAGCAAAAGGAUAAGAGUGGUCCUAUUGAGAUACUGGGCCAGUCUGAUUGCUUUUGUAUUACCCAACAAUUGGUAAGGGACAUUGUGAAGGCAAUUAAGAUGGGUGUUGAUCCUAUUCCUGUUCAUAGUGGGCUUGGAGGUGCAUAUUAUUUUAGGAACAGCAGAGGUGAGAAUGUUGCCAUUGUGAAACCAACAGAUGAAGAACCUUUUGCACCCAACAAUCCCAAGGGCUUUGUUGGUAAAGCUCUUGGGCAACCAGGAUUGAAACGUUCGGUGCGGGUUGGGGAAACAGGGAUCAGAGAGGUAGCUGCUUACCUUCUUGAUUAUGAUCACUUUGCAAAUGUGCCUCCCACUGCCCUGGUGAAGAUCACACACUCAAUCUUCAAUGUCAAUGAUGGGGUAAAUGGGAACAAGGCUCACAAAAAGAAUCUGGUUAGUAAGAUUGCAUCUUUCCAGCAGUUCAUAAAGCAUAAUUUUGAUGCAAGUGAUCAUGGGACAUCAAGCUUCCCAGUUUCUGCGGUGCAUCGCAUAGGGAUAUUAGAUGUUAGAAUUUUUAACACUGAUAGACAUGCGGGAAACCUUUUAGUGAGGAAGCUUGAUGGUGUUGGGAACUUUGGUCACGUGGAGCUCAUUCCAAUUGACCAUGGCCUAAGCUUGCCAGAAACUUUGGAGGAUCCCUACUUUGAG